GUCUUAGUUGGCGAACUUCCGGUUGACUUUCUGCGAUUGAUAGUCCCUCGUGAUCAGGCGGCUGCGUCUCAACAGCAACAAACCCAGCAGCUGGUGUAUACCGGUGGAAGUUUCGUUCCUCCUAACACUCGCGGUCGGCUUUCAAUCACUAUUGCCGAUGCAAAUUUGGUCAGAAACUAUGGAAUUGUGAGGAUGGAUCCUUAUUGCAGAUUACGAGUGGGUCAUGCGGUGUUUGAGACUCAGACAAAGCUCAGUGGAGGUCGAAGUCCUGUGUGGAAUCGAACUGUGCAUGCGUACCUGCCUAAUGGUGUUGAAAGCAUCUACAUUCAAAUUUUCGACGAGAAAGCCUUCAGCGCUGAUGAAUGUGUUGCUUGGGCCCAUGUUAUGCUUCCACCUGCUAUUUUCAAUGGAGAGACAAUCGACGACUACUAUCCGCUGAGUGGACAACAGCUACCAUUCCCUACAGCAGUCGUAUUACCUGCAACGCCGGCUCCACCUCUGCCAGUAGAAAUAACGGCUGAAGAUACCAAAGAACUGGAAGCGAUGUUCCCUGAUGUGGAUCGAGAAGUGAUCAGAUGUGUCCUAGAAGAAAGCAGAGGUGACAAGGAUGCAACAGUCAGUGCUUUAUUGGAGAUGAGCAAGACGUAA